AUGACUAUUCAUCUAUUGUAUUUUCAUGAAAUACAGGAAAACAUAUUUAUGGAAAGAAAGUGGUUCAAUUCAAUGCUGUUUAAUAGGGAUUUAGAAUAUAGGUGUGGUUUAAGUAAAUCAAUAGAUAGUUUUGAUCCUAUUGAAGAUAGUUUUGAUCCUAUUGAAAAUAACGGUGUAAAUGAAGACCCAUCUAUUUUAACUGAUGACCCAUCUAUUUUAACUGAUGACCCAUCUAUUUUAACUGAUAUGGAUAAUGACAUUCAUAGUUGGAUUGAGAGUUAUCUUCGUUAUAAAAUCUAUAUUUCUAGUUACAUUUUAGAUGAUAGUGACAACUACAAUGCCAAUAUCAGUGACUUGAAUAGUUACAUUUUAGAUGAUAGUGACAACUACAAUGCCAAUAUCAGUGACUUGAAUAGUUACAUUUUAGAUGAUACAAAUGAUAGUGAUUUGUAUGAAAUAGAAAAUUCUAAUGAUACAAAUGAUAGUGAUUUUACUCCAAUAGAAUAUUCUAAUGAUACAAAUAAUAGUAAAUUUACUCCAAUACAAUAUCCUGAUGAUCCAAAAGAUACUUCUUAUACUGAAAAAUUUAAGCAUUUAUGGGUUGAAUGUGAAAGUUGCUUUGGAUUAAAUUAUAAGAAAUUUUUUAAAUCCAAAAUGAAUAUUUGCGAACACUGUGGAGAUCAUUUGAAAAUGAGCAGUUCAGAUAGAAUCGAACUUUCGAUUGAUCCAGGUACUUGGAAUCCUAUGGAUGAAGACAUGUUUUCUCUGGAUCCCAUUGAAUGGGACAAACCUUAUACGAAAGACGAACCUUCUACGGAAGACGAAUACGACUCUUCUACGGAAGACGAAUACGAAUCUUCUACGGAAGACAAACCUUCUAACGAACCUUCUACGGAAGACAAACCUUCUAACGAACCUUCUACGAAAGAUAAACCUUCUAACGAACCUUCGACGGAAGACAAACCUUAUACGGAAGACGAAUCUUCUCCGGAAGACGAAUAUUCUCCGGAUGACGAAUCUUCUCCGGAAGACGAACCUUCUCCGGAAGACGAACCUUCUACGGAAGACGAAUAUGACUCUUCUACGGAAGACGAACCUUAUAUAGAUCGUCUUGAUUUUUAUCAAGAAAGUACAAGACUACUGGAGGCGGUUCAAACAGGCACAGGUCAACUAAAUGGUAUUCCUGUAGCAAUAGGUAUUAUGGAUUUUCAGUUUCUAGGGGGUAGUAUGGGAUCCGUAGUGGGUGAGAAAAUAACUCGGUUGAUCGAAUAUGCUACCAAUCAACUUUUACUUCUUAUUAUAGUAUGUGCGUCCGGAGGAGCGCGUAUGCAAGAAGGAAGUUUACAUAAAAAGGCGAAAUGGAAGUUUGGGCCCUCGAGGGAUUCAGUGUUGCUCAUAUUUUACAAGAGAUGCUUACUUAUAAAUCUGAUCAUAUUAAAGCUCGUCAAGAAGUACUUGGAACUACAUUCGGGCAAUAGGUCUAAAAGGAAAUAG